AUGGCGCCUGUUGCGGGACGUGCGCAGUCCCACGUGCCGUUUGAGGCCUCGUCCGUCCAGGAUGCGCUGCUCCGCGACGCCCCGGCUUUGGAGCCGCUGAUCAGGAGAAGCAGCGGGCUGUCCCAGCUCACCAAGGACAUCCUCGAGAUGCUGCGACGGGCGCCCGGGGGAGGAUACUCCACGAGCUCGGCCCCGAAAGGGCCGGAGGUGCUGCCGGGGGAGCCCGAGGAGCUCGUGGCUCUGGCGGAGCAAGCUCUGGCCCUGGAGGAGCUCGAGGACAGUAUGCAGCUGAAGUGGUCUCGAGAUGAUCGGGAAGCUGCCUACCACAGGCUCGUGCAAUGCGGCAUCUGCUCCGCGCAGGCACUCCUGACGGCGUUGAACGACCGCGUUGGAGGAAAGUGCCGGCUCAACCAGCUGCUGGAGGAGGGCGGCUGCCGAGGGCUGAAGGCCGAGGCGCUGGCCUGGCUCGCCGAGCAGCUCGAGGUCCGCGUGCGGCAGUGUAUCGAAGUCUCCGUGGAGGGCGGGCAGCCGGUGCUCCUGACGGCCCCUCACAACAUCUACCUCCGCAGGGAUGGGCAGCCACCCCACAUGAUGGAGGAGUACACGACUCUCAUCGCCCAGCGGAUGGCGAGACAUCUUGGUGGCACCUCACUGUCCUGGAGCCGAGCCGAGCAGAAAAGGUCGGAGCUGCACUGGUGCCUGGCGCGGCUCCGCUGCGGCGAGGCCGAGGACUUCAGCCGCUUCCUUGAGCCGAACCGCGACCCGAACUACUUGCUCAACGAGGAGGUGGCGCAGAAUCCGUGGUUCCGCCAAAUGGCGAGGUUCGCGGACAAGUGGCGCCACGGCAAGGAGGGGCACCCGCGGCCGUUGCUUCACAUCGACGUCCACGGCUGCAAGGAUCCGCCUGCGACACCCUCACACUUGACGGUGGGCUUGGCGGCAAUGCGCCACGAGGUCGAAAUGGGACGAAGUCCACUCUCGCAGAGUCGAGUGGAGACCUUUGCGGCCGCCUUGCAGAACGAGCUGACGGCGGUCCUCAACGGCUUGGAGCUCCGACCGAGGCCUGAGAGACUUGUGCGGGUUCUGCUUCCGUCCCUCUCUGGCGGUCAGGGAAAAGAGAGACUUUCUGGCGCAUGGCCGCUUGAGGAGCGCCGGCUCACUCAGUCACAGCAGGCCAUGGCCUAUGCUGGCUUUACACACUCGUGCCAGCUGGAGCUGUCCAAGGCACUCCGGCGUGCACUGAGCCGGGACGAUGCAGCUACGGCCCGGCUCGGAAGAGCUGUGACAAAGGCCUGGGCGCUGAGCUGCCAGGGCGCCUUGCCCUCGUUGAAGUCGCCAAGCGCGAGCGCUGACCGCGACGACAAAGAGGCACUGGAGCUGGUGCGACCUCGGAGUGGCGGGACCCGCAAGAGGCGUAGCGACCGGCGCGGCUGCCCGCCCCUGCGCCGGCACCAGAGUGCCUGA